GCGUGUUCUGAACUCUGAAUGAUGGCUAAUGGCUUGACGAGGGGCUUUGAAAGGGGACGAAACAUCAUGAGAUCCUAUGGCAUUCUAUCAUUGCUGCUCGUUGAUCUUUUCUUCAGAUCUGCAAGUGGUUACUUGAGCUCCGCGUAUACGGGUGAAGGCCCUCCGCGCAACACAUAUACAUCUCCGGCCAGCUCGAGUCAAACCAGCCCGGGUCUAUCCACAGCAUCGUCAAAGUCCGCAGUUGACAACGAGAAGUACACAGCCAAAUGUCCUAGCGGGGGACUGUGCAGUAAGUUACCAGCAGACUGCUUCAACUGUUCCUACCAUCACAACUGCAGUUAUGGCAAGCCAACCAAUUUCACCUGCAGCACCAAUACUGGAGUGCACUGUGUGGAUGGGUCAAAGAGGCAACAGAAAACCUUUAACCUGACUGUUGCCUGCCAGUUUUGCUGGCAGCUGGAUCCGUCUCAGUACCGCUGUAACAUCUCCACCAUCUGCACGACUGUGGCGUGCCCUCGCAAGCGCUACAAGGCCACCUGUAAGGUCCUGGAUCAUGUCAACUGCUUAGGGCAAAGGGAAUUUCAGAAGCGUCUCUUCUGCAACUGGACUGGGGGAUAUAAAUGGUCUACAGCGCUGACGCUCAGCAUUACCCUGGGUGGGUUCGGCGCUGACCGGUUCUAUCUGGGCCAGUGGAGGGAGGGGCUGGGCAAACUCUUCAGCUUUGGAGGUUUGGGCAUCUGGACCCUGAUCGAUGUCCUGCUCAUCGCUGUCGGUUACGUGGGGCCGGCCGAUGGCUCUCUCUACAUCUAAGACUCUGACACGGCAGAAGACAAAAACAAACCAUGGACCAAACGUCACCACUCCCAGCCAGUUCAAAGACAAUGUUAUGGAUUACGGACCCCCCCCCCCCCCGUUUCUUUUAGAGCCCACCUGGCUGGCUCCAUAGUGAUUACGUGAUUUCCAGUCCUUUUGGCAUGUGUGCGGGCAUCCACACUCCCUCUGCCACCAUUCCCAUCUGCGCGGGGAGCUCUGGCUCCGCGGCUGCGAGUUUGGCUCCUGGCGCUGCCGAGACAGGCGGUGCGUUGCAGUGUGUGAGGGGAGGGCAUCUGCAGCUGGCGCGUGCCCCACACCGCCAACGUGCCGGGGUUUUACCUCCCCCAGACGGAGCCUGAAGGAGAAGGUGGAGUCUGACUGAAGCUUGGACGCUUUCCACGAUCGUUUUGUCCUCGUGUCGUCCCGGAGAUGAGGCGAUGUCCCGACAGAGAGGCAGCCCUCCCUCCCUACCUCCCUCCCUCCCUCGCACCUUUGGCCGCUGUAGCUUAUAGACGUGCAGAGUCCUUUGGAGGGUGGUUCAAGUCUUUUUAUGCUGAGAAGGAACAGGACUUCCCUAAAGAUGUCACUUGUGUAUUUCACCACGCAGUGUAGCAUCACAACUGUAUAUAAAAACGGUGUGUUGUGAUAAAUUUGUAUAGACUGUCAUCACGUUUGUGCCGUUAUGUAUCAUUCGUUUGCUUGUUUGGCUUUCGUUAAGCGCUCAAACAGGAUAUGGUUAUAGGAACCCUUCCGUCACCACUGUCGGUUUGUGUGGCGUCAGCAAGGCCAUUGGGUUUCAUGGUUCCCGUAUACUCACUGUCCAAUCAGGUUUUGAAGACCUUACCACUCCCAUGAUGCAUGACCAGGGAAGGAGAGAUUACAAAUAAAUCGUGCAAACCUGCAAAACAAGGUAGUCCUGUGAAAUGGAGUCCUCUUGUGGCUGUUCACGUAAUAGAGCUCUGACCUGUGAAA